UGCAAUGCUCUAGGGGUACGAGAGAGAGAGAGAGAGAGAGAGAGAGAAAUGUCUACAACGUUAAACGCGGCGUCGAGCCGAACAGUGUUCGACUCCAUCCGCGGCUCCAAUCUUUCCUCUUUCAUAUCAUACCAAUGACUUGUCCAGUUGCGGUGAUUAUCAGGGGGUAUGCGCUACAUUUUCGGUUCCUUUCCUCUCUCCAGUGAAAUUUCUCGCUACCAAAGAACCUUUUGAGGCCAUUCACUAUCUUCAUAUUUGUUUUGUCCAUCUAAUUGCUGAAGCGUCAACCGAGCAAGAAACCCUUUGUUUAUAAACAAUGUGGAACAUUGGUCAGUCAUUAACCGGAGAUAAUGAAGAGCAAGGAGAGAGUUUGUUGGGUGAGGACUCUGGUGGCCUCUGCUCCCUCUCUACAACGCAGAGAAUUUAUGGAUUUGCUGCUUGCUUGAUUGCUGGUUUGGCUUGCAUGUUACUGUCAAUGAUUGUUUUUGCGAAACCAAUCAAAUUUGCAGUACUGUUCACCUUUGGCAACCUGUUAGCAGUUGGAAGUACAGCCUUUCUUCUUGGACCUGCACAACAACUGGGAAUGAUGUUUGACCCUGUUCGCGUUUUUGCAACAGCCAUAUACCUUGGAUGUGUGGUUAUAGCACUUAUUUGUGCUCUCUGGAUUCAUAGCAAAGUAUUGACCAUAAUUGCUAUCAUAAUUGAGAUUGGUGCUCUUAUUUGGUAUAGCCUCAGUUAUAUACCUUUUGCUCGAAGAAUGGUUUCUGAGUUGAUGAUCAGAUUAUGUGAUACAGAACUUUGAUUAAAAAAAAAAAACCAAAACAAAAUACCAAAUCAAGGGUGCUUCAUAUUGAUUACUGAUUGGCGAUUGCUUGACAUUUUGAUUUUGUAGCACUUUGAAUUAGCAUCACUGAUUGAUUAUGAAAUUCAGAUGUUAGUUUUGUGCCAUGAAACCUCUUAUUGGCCUUUACGAGGAUUCAUGUUCAUGACCCAAUUCCUUUCCCCUCCACUUGAAAGUUGAAACAUAGAAUGUAAUAUGAAUAAAAAUUGUUUCCACGAA